AAAGACGGCAAGAGCUUCUCAGGUACCGCUACUUGGUACAAGCCUGCUACUGAAGGUGGUCCUCAAGCUGCCUGCAAUGGUGAACAUAUUGACAAUGAUUCUCCUAUCGUUGCACUUAAUGCUGACCAAUACGGCGACCUUGAUGGCAAGAGCAAAUACUGUCAUAAGAAGAUUAAGAUCCAGGGCCAGAAGGGAUCCGUUUCUGCAACUAUCCUCGAUGCUUGCCCUGAAUGCUCGUACGGCGAUCUUGACUUGACUCCCUCAUUGUUCAAGAAAGUCGUCGGUGAUAUGGAUAUCGGUGAAAGUGAUAUCACUUGGCAUUUCAUUUAA